AUGCCCUGCAUGGUGAUUGCAGUUCUUGCGUUUCUCGUAGCGUUUCAACACUAUACUCAACUUAUGGCUACUACUCGAGCAAUUGGCCAAGCUUUAUAUUCGGUUGUUUAUGUUACCGUCCCAAAUUCAACUGUUGCGCAACAAAUUGCCAGAGAAGUAGUAAAGGGAAAGUAUGCUGCUUGUGUUAACAUCGUACCGACCAUUACUUCAAUAUAUGAAUGGGAAGAUAAAGUGGAAGAGGAUAAAGAAACGUUACUUGUCAUAAAAACAAAAUCAGCAGCGCUGGACGCUUUGAAAGCUAAAGUGCUCAGUAUGCAUCCGUACAAAGUACCUGAAUUCAUCGCUUUACCGAUAGAAAGUGGCAGCGAAAGUUAUUUACAAUGGAUCGAUAAGCAAGUCAAUUCAUAA